AUGCAGAUACUCAAAUUAAUAAGGGGUGUUUUAAGAGCACCUGUCUGUAUAUGCAGAUACCAUCAAGCUGUUCUUCACAAAUGCGUAAGAAAUGUAUCAAAUUCACGCCAGUACAGUACAGAACAGCUUCCUCUCCCUAAUCAAGAUGUAGGCAAACAAUAUUCACCAAAAAUACAGAACAUAGUAAAUGACAUAGGUCAACUUACAUUAUUAGAAGUAGCAGAUUUAAAUGAAUUGCUUAAGAAAACAUUAAAUAUCCAAGAUGCACCAGUCAUGGCUAUGGGUGCUGGAGCACCAGUUGCUGCUCAAGCCAAGGAGGAGGAAGAAGAUGAGGUUGCUUCUACUCCGAAAAAAACUGUGUUCUGUGUCAAAUUGACCGGCUUUGAUGCAGAUAAAAAAAUAGCACUCAUUAAGGAAGUAAAAACACUUUUACCAGACACAAACCUGGUUCAGGCAAAGAAAUUUGUAGAGUCAGCGCCUAUUGUAGUUAAAGGAGACUUGUUGAAGGAUGAAGCAGAUGCACUAGUGAAAGCUCUGGAGAACGUUGGUGGCAAGGCAAUUGUAGAAUAAAUUAUUAAGUUAUAUAUAUAUCGCAGGAAGUGUGCUGUUAAGAAAUGCUAAGAGAUGGAACACUUUACUCAUACAGCAUUGAAAGUGUCAUCCAGAAAAUAAAAGCUAAAAUUUUAGAUUAGCUGUAAUAACAAAGCGUAUCAACUUAUUGCAUUAUAUCAUGUGAUUAACAGAGAGAAAAAGAAUGUGCUGAACAUGUACACAGUGUUUGAGUGAUUUAUACACAGGGUCACAGUGUUGGGAACCAAUGUUGAACAAAAUAUGAACUUUAUGUUGUUGUAGCUUGCCAGGUUAAGUUUUGUAGAUCAGUUUAAAGUACAUGUCUGCAUUUUAAAUGUUCUCAAAUAUCAUAAUUAAAUCCGAAGAUGACAUCAUGUAAUUAUUUUAAUUAUCUGUUCUCAUAUUUCUUGUAGUUAAUAGUUAAAGAAACUUACAGUAUUGUGGCAUUCUGUUUCUAGUAUAAUCCUUGACAGGCAGACUUAUAUUACUUCAUUUAAAAUUAAGGAACAUGUAUGUUCUGUUUUUUUGCCCAAAAUAGAAUAGACAUCAAUUAUAAUUGAAUAUACCCAUGAAAACAGCUAACAUAUUUGUGCUGAUAGAUUUUAAUAUGCUCAGUUAGCUAUUCAGUCAGUAAACAUAUUGAAAUUUUCCUUAAAAAAUGAUGAAUGGUUUGAUCCAUAUUUAUAAUGGUAUACAGCAGGUCAUCAUGUCAUUUUGUUACUGUUUAAUCCAUUAACAGUGGUUCAGACUAAUGUUUGUGAUUUAUAUGUCAUAUGCAGAUGAGGAAAUGUUCAUGAAUUGUGAUGAUAAUGCUACCUUUUAAAAUAAAUAUGACUUUAUUCCCUAUAGAAUGAAGUGUUCAGUAGUGCAUGGAAAAUACUAUCAUGCUAAUAUGGUUAAAGAAAAUUGACCUUGAAAUUUUUAAUUUUGCACUUGUUGAAAAAAUGUCUUGAAUAAAUAAAUUGUUUAUUAUGUAA